UACGCCCGUCAGGAACCAGUUUCUGGUUGAUUUUGUUGAAUUGCGACGUCCUGGGAAGGACGUAAACCCAUCCACAGUCUACUUCAGUUCAAGUAAAGUCGUGCAGGAUUGCGGUAACCUCCUAGCCACCUGUUCACUUACCGCCUCACGAAACAAUAAGACAUGUCCCAUUGGUUCCACAGAAAUGGCCUGAAGGCUACGGGCCAUGUUAAUUUUGAUUUGAAGCUCUUUGCGUCUGAACCAGAAUCCUUGAAAAUAUGCAGCGAGCUGCGUCAGGCUCGUCACCGUCUGCUGGAGCUGCUGCCGGACGCCGGCCACCAGUGCCAGGAGUUGGAGGCGGCGCUGAACAGCUACCUGGCGCUGCUCACCGGCUUCCUGCAGGCACCGGACCAGCCGGACCAGCAGAGCAAGCUGCGCCACGUGGUCCGCUUCCGCUGGACGCACACGCUGCUGGGCAACACGCCAGAGGCGCAAAAGGAUGCCGUCUUCGAAGUCAUCUGUAUUUGUCAGAAUGUCGCUGUUUGGUACAUGAAGCGGGCCGCAAAAAUCGCCGGAAAAGAGGAUAUUACGAUGGAGGACGGGAAGGAGGUGCACAGCAGUCUGCGUCGAGCCGCCGGUCUCAUGAAGGCCGUCCACGACCGCUACAUCGGUCAGCUGCUGGAGGAGAGUGUCAAGGAGGGAGACUGUGACACUCGGGUCAUCACUGCCUACAUGAACCAGUGCACCGCGGAGGCCCAGGAAGUGACGAUCGCGCGCGCCAUCGAGCUGAAGCACUCACCUGGUCUGGUGUCGGCCCUGGCGCACGAGACGUCGGGCAUGUUCCAGACGGCCGCCGACAGCCUGCGCUCGAUGGAGCCAGCGCUGGUCCAGCGCUGGACCAAGUACCUCCAGCUCAAGGCGGCCGUCUACAAAGCCUAUGCGUACAACUACCUGGGCGAGAACUUCCUGGCUGAUGACAAGUGUGGAGAAGCCAUUCGGUGCCUGAAGGAGAGUCAGAAGUUUUAUACCGAGGCCGGGGAGCUGUGCAAGGAGUACGCGGACGCCAAGGGCGUCGGCGCCAAGGUGAAGCCCGAGAAGCACCUCUUCUUCAGAAAGCUGGGACCGAUCCUGAACAGGACCCUGGAAAAAUGCGAACGCGAAAAUGGAUUCAUUUACCACCAGAAGGUGCCGUACGACGCGCCGGCACUGGAGCUGCGCGACAACACAUACGGCCUGGUGGCGCCCGACGAGUUCGCCAUGCCGGCGCCGGCGCCGCUCUGGACGGCCGUCAGCUACGCCGCCUUCGAUGUCAGCAAGCUGGGUGACGCCGGCCCGUCGAAGGCAGCGGAGAAGGCGGAGGGAGACCUGCCACCUGUCAAAGAGGUCAAGGACAACCACACGGACCAGGAUCCGAAGAACCACAGCGGCUGCGUGGUGGCCUAGGCGGCGCCAGGGUGGCGGCGGCCCCGGCUGUCGGGCUCACGGUUUAGCUGAGCGCUAUCGGUCGAGGGCUGCGCCGUCAGCUGGCGCCUGUGGGCGAGCCAGCCCCGCUGUGGAUGACCGGAGGGACCCGUCACACCACCAGAGCACCGCUGGGCAGCACUUGUGUGGUUGACCUGGGGUGUGAAGCCCCGCUCGUAAGCCAGCCCCGCUGUGGAUGACCGGAGGGACCCGUCACACCACCAGAGCACCGCUGGGCAGCACUUGUGUGGUUGACCUGGGGUGUGAAGCCCCGCUCGUAAGCCAGCCCCGCUGUGGAUGACCGGAGGGACCCGUCACACCACCAGAGCACCGCUGGGCAGCACUUGUGUGGUUGACCUGGGGUGUGAAGCCCCGCUCGUAAGCCAGCCCCGCUGUGGGUGACCGGAAGGACCCGUCACACCACCAGAGCACCGCUGGGCAGCACCUGUGUGGUUGAUUGCGCGUGUGAAGCCCCGCUCGUAAGCCCACAGCGGCCCGAGGGUCAUAUGAACACUGCAUUUAGGCGUGGGGCUACACUGUUCUGGCAACAAACCAUUACUUCAGCACUAUAUGGUCGCACGGGGUAUAUGCUGUCCGAUUUUCGUGACUGGUGGUGCCUGGGUGUUUGUUACAGAACGGUAUUGUAGGUUGCCCAGGCAUUGAAUCCAAGCAACAGCCAGUGUCUUCAAACGUGAUCGUAACUUGCGCUCUUCUUCAAAUCGUAUUUGAGAUGCGUUUGGACGGAACCUACUUUCUUUCUAUGAUUCGUCAAAAUCGUUAAGGAUGUAAGCAUAGAAAUGUGGAGGAAAAUUAACCUGUUUCUGGCCCAAACGCUUGUACGGAGCGAAUUCAAAGGAUGAAACUUGUACUUCCGCGUUAUGAAAGUCGGUGCCCUGUAUAAAAGCCGGUGUUGAAAAUAAUGAAACAUGGUUUGUUUUGUGUAUAUGACAACUUCGCCGCAUUGGAGCUGUGUGAUUCGCAUGGUGCUGUAGUAUUAAAGCUUUAUGUUUAGUAUUUGCGCAUUACGAACUUUUGGUUCUCAGUAGAUAGUAUCAAUUUUCGUAGUUACGCGCGGUUCAUGCAACCUUGUCAGUUUAAGUGUCAGUUUAAGUUCUCACAGGACAGGCAUAAUUAUAGUCAUUCUACUGACGGCGCUUACUGUCUUCAGUGUGCUUCUCCAGGCCUUCGGAGAAUGCACUUAUGCAUGGCUUAGUUUUUGUGGCACAUCCUUUCCAAGAAAGGUGCGAAUGAUAUGUGUGAACGGCAUCGCCCCGUAGCUUUUGAGCGGUGAAUACAGGACACAGCUGGGCGAAGUGAGGGAUCAUGCUCACCGUGACGUGGCAUGGCCGUAGAGUAUAAGCGUGUCUCGAUGUUUCGGCGUAGCCUGCCUUAGACGUUGACGGCUUUGUCGCACGAGCGUCAUGUUUCGCUAGUCUGAUUGCAAGUGUGAUGAUUGUGGACUGUCUUUGUUAUGCGUGCACGUUUGACUUUUCACCAGCAGAUCUUGUAACCUAACCAUACCGUCGAAGGAGUAGCGUCCGUAUUGACGUGGCGUUUAGGUACGGCCGCGGAUGCUGGUAAUUCUGAUGCUUCCGCGUACGGACGCUGGUCUGCCCACGUGGUGGGCGUGCGCACCUCGAGCAGCGCAACAUGUUGCUGGCUGUAGAAACUCAUAGCAUCUUGAUUUAUGCGCACCGUUGGAAAAAAGCGAGGCCGGGAUGGUGCUUGUAGACUAUGUUAUGCGACAGCGCUACUAACAAAGUGGGUCACGCAGCCUGCGCCUCAUUACGCACGUGCGUGUCGGCUCUGCGGGCCGGGCCGGCGGUGCCUGCUUGACACGUGUGUGAUGCGACAACACGAGCCGCCAGCCGGCCGACCCUCAUGCCUUGUAAUACAUGCGCCUUACGACCGAGCGCAUGCUGCGUGCGAGAAGACGUGUGUUGUGUCGCUGGGUGAGAAGCGUGCUGUUUAUUGUGUGAUCCGCUGCUGAGGGUGGUGGAACUCUGGAACGCCUCUAAGACGCCUCACAAUGUCAUCUGUGGGGAAUUGAAAAGCAAAGUAACACAGUUUAUAGGGUAUCAUGCUCCGCGAUUAAAUGACAACCAUUGA